UCCCUAUCGAUACUUUCCUCGAUUUUGUUAUGUACGGGUACCAACACAACUUAUACAAUGACAACAUCGGGAAGAACUGUGAUAAAUGCAUUUCGAUUUACAUUACUACGAUGUCUGAAUGAAUUGAAGAGAAGAAAAUUACAUCCACGUGAAUGCGUUCCACAUCAUGAAAAUACAUCAAAAUUUUCCAGAACCAGUUCCUUGUCAACAAUUGUUUCUUCUUUUGGAUUAAUUGGUGUAUCAAGAUGUUUCCUUGGAUUUUCAAGCAAAACAGAAGAAGACCCUAUUGUUAUGAGUAUAAAACGGGCAAAACUGGCAGCCAUGCGAAAUGAAAAUCAAGCUGCAGAAAGAAUUUAUCAUGAGGCUCUAUACGACAUAGAGAAUAAAUUCAAAAGCAAAGAAAUGGAGAGAGAAGAAUACUUUAAUGCAAAAGUGACAGUAUAUGACGAUUUGGCUAAUAUAGCUUUAAAUCAACGACAAUUCUCAAAAGCUGAGGUUUUAUAUAAAGAAACAAUGAAAGCUUGCCUUCAAAAGGGAAUGGAAAAAACCAGUAAUGCUUUUGUUGAAAUAACCAUUAAAUUAGGAAGUCUUUAUGCAAUGACAAAUAAAGAUGAAAUGGCAGAGAUGGGAUAUCGAGAAGCAGUUAAAAUUAUGGAAGUGAAGGUCAAGGAAAAUCCAGAGUCUGACAACAAUACAUAUGCCUUGCUUGGUCUUGCUCUAGAAAGUUAUGGCCGAUUCCUAAUGUAUCAUAAAGAAUUGGCAGAAGCCCAACCAUUACUUGUUAGAUCAGAAAGUAUAGCUAGGAGAGUUUUAGGAGAAGAACAUCCACAGAGAAUAGUUCUUUUAAAUGACAUUGCUACUGUACAAAUUAUGCAAAACAAUCUAAAAGAAGCAGAGUCAACAUUAUUUCAAGCUGUUGAAGUUGGGACAGCAUCAAAUGUACCAGAACUUCCAGCACUUUAUUCAAAUUUAGGAGCCAUAUAUUUGAGGACUUCGAAAUUGAAUGAAGCUGAGACAAAUUGUGGGAUAGCACUGAAAAAAGCAAAAGAAAACAAAAAUAAACAUGCUCAGGGACAAGCUGAAUACUGUUUGAAAAGAAUUUUAGAAGAGAGAAAAAAAGGUGUUCAAUCAGCUGAAUAAGUUUGAAGAUUUUAUAUAUUUAUUUAUUAUAGAUAAAAGUGAUUUGAA